GUGUCCAUAGCUAUAAAUGCCAUUAUUCAUACACAUUAAUAAUCUCUUCUGUUUUCUCUUAUAAUGAGUGGCUUAAUAUAAUGGCAUUAUGCGCUGUUAGUGUGUGGCCGUUGAAAACGUGAACUUUUCUGAGUAUUUAAGUAUCAUGUGUACUUAGUGAGGUCACAGUUGAGACUGUGGGUCACUUGGUCGUGGAGACAAAGCCCUUCGCUUUUGCCACGGCCUCCCAGGGCACAAGAAGAACACAAAAAUCAUCUAAUACAAGCAUUUCACAGAAGGACUCAAAUUCCUAUUCAACCAUGGGAGACCAGAAAGACAACAUAGACGACUUUAAAGUCCAGACAGCCAAGCACCCCAACAUGAGCGCCGUCCCUCUACGGCCACACAGCGAACACUCUAAAGACCGAACAUCCAAAAGGCUUUCGACGGAGUCUAAUGGGACCAGUGAUGGAGGUAUGGGCUCGUCCACACCGGUGGAGAUCACCGCUCUGGAAGAGUCCUUUCGACGCUUUGCCAUCCACGGUGACACUCGCGCUACCGGCAAGGACAUGCACGGCAAGAACUGGUCCAAACUCUGUAAAGACUGCGGUGUGAUCGAUGGGAAAAACGUCACCCUCACUGAUGUUGACAUCGUUUUCAGCAAAGUCAAGAAGAAAUCCUGUCGAACCAUCACGUUCGAGGAAUUCAAAGUGGCACUCGGAGAGCUGGCUCGGAAGAAAUACAAAGAAAAGACUGGAGAGGAUGCCGAGGCUGAGGUCUUCAAGCUGAUUGAGGGGAAGGCGCCGGUCAUUGCAGGAGUCACGAGAGCUGUGGCCUCGCCCACGGUGAGCCGCCUCACAGACACCACCAAGUUCACGGGCUCGCACAAGGAGCGUUUCGACCAGACCGGCCGAGGGAAGGGGAAGGCCGGCCGGGUGGACCUCGUCGACACUUCGGGAUACGUAUCGGGAUACAAACAUCGAGGGACGUACGAAAAGAAAGUGAACAAACCCACCGAUGGCCGACCCAUGUGAAGGCAAAACAUUUCCUCGACCGCUUAAGAUGAUUUUCUACAGAGUACUCCUAGAAAGCACAAAAGAAUACAAGCUCAUACAUUUCCCAGCCCGUUUGUUUUUAUGUGUACGUCUGUGUGUAAGAGAGAUUUAAAGAAAAAAAAAAAAGAAAAAAAGAAAGAUGGUUUUUAAACUAUUCUCUUUGUGUGAGAACUGGAAAACUGUUUACAUGUAUUUUUACGAAGUCAUCACCAGCUGGUACAUUCCUGUCUGAUAGCGAGUUACUGCCAAACACUGAGAAGAACCAAUGAGAGGAACUGCUAGAGCCUCUUACGAUAGGGCCCCUUAAUAUUUAACAAGCACAAUGAACAGAGUGCCAAGAACAAAAACAGAACAGUUUGAUUUAAAAAAAAAAAAAAAAA